AGCUCUCAGUUCAGUCAACAAUUUAACAGUGUGGAUUCAAUAUACCUAAAUUAGCUUAGCAUUAUUAUUUUUGAUAGGAUGUGAUUUGUUUUAUACAAACAAAAGUGUAAAUUUUAUAGCACAUUUCUUAAUAACAAUAUAAACAAUGUCUACUUCACUGGAAAACCUUGAAACUCAACUCGAGAUGUUCAUCGAAAAUGUUCGACAGAUUCGUAUCAUCGUAAGCGAUUUCCAACCUCAGGGCCAGAGUGUAUUAAAUCAGAAAAUUCAAUCAUUGGUAACGGGUCUUCAAGAAGUUGAUAAAUUGAAGGCACAAGUACAUGAUAUUCUUGUUCCUACAGAAGUAUUUGACUACAUUGAUCAAGGCCGUAAUCCUCAAUUAUACACAAAAGAUUGCAUAGAUAAAGCCCUUGCGAAAAAUGAGGAAGUAAGAGGAAAAAUUGAUUCAUACAAGAGAUUUAAAAGUCACUUACUCUCUGAACUUUCUAAAACAUUUCCUAAUGAAAUUGCUAAAUAUAAAGCCAUAAGAGGUGGCGAAUAGUAUAAGACAUUUAUGUUUAGAAUUAGGGAUAAUAUUGUAAUUAUGACCUAACACUUAAUCUCUGAAUUUUCUUCAUGAAAUUUCUAAAUUUAAAGUUUUGGUGAAUAAUAUAAUACCUUUAUUAACUUUAGAAUUAGAAGUAAUUCUGUAAUGAUUACUACUAAAACCAUUGUGCUUUUGUAACAUGUAUUCAAACUAUGUAUUUAAAUCAUAUCAAUAUAGGUACUUUAUAAAAACAAUAUGUCAAAACAAAUUAAAUGAAGUAAAUUUUGUUAAAUAAUUUAUAUGAUAAUCAAAUAAAGCACCUUCAUUAUUAUGAAUAUUUAGGCUAAUUGGUGUAACAAAAAAUUAGAACUUAAGAUAAAUAAAUAGUCUCCAUUGAAAGCAUUUGUUUUAUUGA